AUGGAAGAUGAAAGCGAGUAUAAGAAAUUACCAACAGAAGAUAAAUGUGUCCACAAGCUGUGGAAAGCCAGAGUGGCUGGUUACGAGGAAGCUAAUAAGCUUUUUAAUCAAAUUGAUGAUGAGAAGUCACCCGAGUGGAAUAAAUACUUAGGUCUCAUAAAGAAAUUUGUUACUGACAGUAAUGCUGUUGCACAAGAAAAAGGUCUGGAAGCAGCAUUAGUAUUUGUUGAAAAUUGUGGCUUUGCCGGUAAAACAUCUGGCGAGGUUAUGUCAGGAAUUGUGACUAAAUGUAUUGCCGCACCUAGAACAAAAACAAAAGAUCUUGCCUUACAAAUAACUUUGAUGUAUGUAGAAAUAGAAAAACAUGAGAGCGUAGAAGAGGAAUUAAUAAAAGGUAUGGAACAGAAGAAUCCGAAGGUGGUUGCUGCUUGUGUUUCAGCCUUAAAUUCCGCCCUUAAACAAUUUGGCAAUAAAGUGAUUGCAAUUAAGCCAAUGGUUAAGAAAAUACCAGUAUUGUUAGCUGAUCGAGAUAAAGGAGUGAGAGAUGAAAUGAAGGCGUUGGUUGUGGAGAUGCACAGGUGGAUCGGGCCAGCAAUUGAACCCCACAUAGCAUCACUACAAGCGGUUGUACAACAAGAGCUGAAAGAGGCCUUUUCUGGAACUGGGGGUGGGGCUCAACCCACGAGAUAUCUUCGGUCUCAGCAGCACAGAGUACGAGACACCCCCGCUGCUGAUGCACCAGAUGGUGCAGCGGAAGAUGAUGACGCAGAAACCGGUUGCGGUGACUCAGGGGACAUGGACCCAUACGAUUUAAUGGACCCAGUGGAAAUAAUAUCAAAAUUACCAAAGGACUUUUAUGAUAAACUGGAUGCGAAGAAAUGGCAGGAAAGAAAAGAAGCGUUGGAUGCCUUGGAUAAUCUUUUGAAGAAUGCACCGAAAUUGGAGCCAGGAGAUUAUGCUGACUUGGUUCGUGCGUUGAAAAAGGUGGUUUCCAAAGACACCAACGUGAUGCUAGUAGCUCUGGGAACUCGUCUCCUAGGUGCGGUGGCUUCAGGUCUACGGAACAAGUUCCAGCCGUACGCAUCGUCCUGCAUUCAAGCUCUGUUAGAAAAAUUCAAAGAGAGGAAACCAAAUGUUGUUGCCGCAUUACGAGAUGCCAUUGAUGCUAUUUAUCCUGCUACAAACCUCGAAGUAAUAAUGGAAGAUAUGCUCGCUGCGUUUGAUAACAAGAACCCAUCUAUCAAAGCAGAAAGCGCUACUUUCCUGGCUCGAGCGCUGUGUCACACGCAACCAGCCGCUUUCAACAAGAAACUAAUGAAGGCGUACGUCGCGAGCUUGCUGAAGCUAUUGGAAAGUGCUGAUCCGGCAGUUAGAGAUGCCGCCUCAGAAGCAUUAGGUACGGCGACUAAGCUUGUGGGUGAGAAGAACAUUGCUCCACAUAUCGGGAAACUGGACAAUUUGAAAGAGCAGAAAAUUAAAGAAUUCGCUGAUAAGGCCGAGAUAAAAGUGAAGGUAGCUGCCCCCAAAAAGGAUGUGAAGCCUAAAACAGCAGUAGCCGGAAAAGGUGACGCCAAAUCGACCGCCGGAUCAUCACAGCCUAAACCUGUGAAACGACCGCAAUCUGUCAAGAAACCCGUAGCAAAGAAAGCGCCAGGCAAAGCACAAAUAACUCCGCCUAAAGAGCAAGAACUGUCUCCUGAAGAGGUGGACGCUAAGGCUGAAAUGUUAUUUGCACCGGAUGUAUUAUCUGGCUUAGUAGAUGCCAACUGGAAGACUCGUCUCACUGCGGUCCAAUCCUUCCACUCAACUAUGCAAGGCCUUACUGUACAAGAUACGAACGCACAAGUCCUGUAUCGAAGUCUCAAUAAGAAGCCAGGCCUUAAGGAUACCAAUGUGCAAGUGCUCAAAGCCAGGUUGGAAGCCUGCAAGUAUGUUACAGAAAACUUCCCUGUCUCUACGAUAGCCGCAGACGCGGUACUCUUAGACGUUGUGACUAAACUGGGUGAAGCAUCCUGUUCAGCUAUAUCAGCUGAUUGCUUGACCUUGUUAGCUGAUGGCUGUGGUCUAGAACACGUUGUAAAUGAGGGUUUGGGCUUCGCUAUGGACUCGCAGAAGAAUCCCAAAGUCCAGUCAGAGAUGUUCAAUUGGAUGACUAAUGCUAUUAAGGAGUUUGGUUUUUCAAUGAACAUAAAAUCCAUAAUAGCCCACAGCAAGAAGGCGCUAUCGGCUACCAAUCCCAAUGUUAGGACAUCCACAGUUAACUUCCUCGGAGUUUUGUCGUUGUAUGUGGGGCCAUCACUGCUUAACCACUUCGAUAGUGAGAAACCCGCCACAAAGCAGCUAAUCAGUUUGGAGAUCGACAAAUACGCAAAUAGUACACCCCAGACGCCCACGAGGCAGGUCGGACAAGUCAGUAAGUCCGCAAGCAAAGGGUCAAUGGGUGACGAUUGGGGUGAGACAUAUGAAGACGCGACGGAAGAUGAACCCCCUGUAGUAGAGGACACGCGUGCUAGGACAGACCUAGCACCACUCAUCACUGAUGCGCUGGUGGCAGAAAUUGCUGAUAAGAAUUGGAAGGUUCGGAACGAAGCCCUAGACAAAUUAAAGGCAAUAAUCUCGAAUUCAUCACCUAUCAAGCCAAGUUUGGGAGAAUUGCCUUCAGCCCUCAAUGCGAGGUUAUUGGACUCCAAUUCGAAGCUGGCCCAAUGCGCACUGCAGAUUUGUGAAUUAAUUGCAACAGCUAUGGGUCCGAAGUGCAAACAGCACGUAAGGACUUUUUUCCCAGGAUUUUUUCAAGCUUUCGGUGAUAGCAAGCAAUGGAUUCGUACGUCCGCGAUAUCGUGCGUGGACGUUUGGUGCGGACAAGCCGGGUACGCGGUCGCCUUUGAUGGCGAAAUGGUAUUCGAUGCUUUGAAAAACGGAUCUCCAGUGCUCAGAGCUUCCUUGUUCCAGUGGAUGGCGGAUAAGUUGCCUAAUUUACCACCAAAAUCAUUCCCCCGAGAAGAGCUGUCUGUAUGCAUACCAAUAUUAUUCGCGUGUAUAGAAGAUCGCGCCGCGGACGUCCGGAAGGCCGCCGCAGAGUGCGUACUGCCUUUUAUGUUGCACCUCGGAUACGAAGCAAUGCACAAACAAGUCGAUAAACUCAAGCCGGGAUCAAAAUCAGUUGUUCAAGCGGCAUUAGAGAAAGCGAGGCCCAACUUGCCAGUACAACCUUUACCCACUAAGGAAAAGGGGAAGAGUGACCCACGAGCAUUGAAAUCCGCUGGCGCUAAGAAAGAAGUUGAAAAGAAAGGGACUCUCACCAAGGCCAAGAGCUUGGUAAAGCCAUCGUCGGCAUCAAAUCGUGGGAAGAAAGAGGAAGACGAUUGCACACCGCUUUUACCCAACAAUAAUGCUAAGAACCAGAGGAUUGUUGAUGAUCAGAAAUUAAAAGUAUUGAAAUGGAAUUUCACGACGCCGCGAGAGGAAUUCUUUGACUUAUUGAAGGAUCAAAUGAACAGUGCCGGAUUAAACAAGCAACUUAUUGCGAAUAUGUUCCACAACGAUUUUAGGUAUCACUUAAAAGCAAUAGAAUCUCUCUCUGAUGACCUCCACGAAAAUGGAUCAGCGCUGACUGCUAAUCUCGAUUUAGUACUCAAGUGGUUAACACUAAGGUUCUUUGACACUAACCCUUCAGUGAUUCUCAAGGGCUUAGAGUACAUAAGCCAAGUAUUUCAGUACCUAAUUGAUAGUGAUUACACAAUGGCGGAAUAUGAGGCAAAUUGCUUCAUACCAUAUCUUGUUCUAAAGGUUGGUGACCCUAAAGAUACAGUACGUAAUGGCGUUAAGGAUCUCUUCAGACAGAUUUGCAUUGUUUACUCAGUAACGAAACUAUUUGGCUACUUGAUGGAGGGAUUGAAGUCUAAAAACGCUAGACAAAGAGCCGAGUGCCUGGAUUGCAUAAACCAUUUACUAGAAACAUACGGAUCCACGGUGAUGUCUGGGGGUGGUGGAGGCGCGGCCUUAAGGGAAAUGGCUAGGCUCAUCGGGGACAGAGAUAACUCCGUGCGUUCGGCCGCACUGAACUGCGUCACUACCGCCUAUUUCCUUGAUGGAGAGAAGAUUUAUAAGACUAUUGGACAGAUAUCAGACAAGGAUCUAUCACUUCUAGAAGAGCGAAUAAAACGCGCUAGUAAAACUCGCAGCGCAGAAGCUCGUCGGUCUAUGGUGGUACCGCUUUCGGCCUGCGGAAAACCCAUAUUACAACAAGCACCUGAGGAAAUCCAGGAAGAGAUCGCAGUAGAGGCAACACCAGGAGAUGACUAUGAAGAUGAAGAACCUGAGGAGCAACUUCCACCACCUGUCGUACAUCAUGAGGAGCCACGAGCGAUAACCGGGCCGUAUGGAUUAAACCCAGAUUUGCUAGCGCGACUGGACGCGGAAAAGCCGGUUCUACGAAGGGCGGAUAUUCCGGAUAUGGAUCUGAAGUUCCUCGAGGAACCUAUGAGAAUGGUCACAACUACGUGUGCCCCAAGUUCGGUGGUAGCGAUGUCCCCCAGGCAGCCAGUCAAGGCACAUACGUUAGUCCCCACACAGCCUUUGGUCACUGCCGUUGACGACUCGCAGAUCGCGAACACCGUACACUCCAUUGCUAGCCCGGACCUAAACGCGGCAUAUAGGGCGUUAUCCCUAAUAUCGUCGGCAUUGGAGUCUGGGCGUGGUGCGGCAUUUGCGGCUCACGAAUCUCGACUCAUUACCGCGAUCAGUACGCAGUUGAGACGUCUACGUACUACGCCCGCGUCCGAAAAUACGCCCAUCGCCUUUAAGUGCCUGGCACGGACACUUACCACGUUUUACGAGACAUCCGGAUGCGGCAUGCAAGUGAACGAAGCGGCCCUCCGUUCGGUGAUAAGUGAGCUCCUUCUCGUACUGACGGAAGGCACUCACGGCGCAGACAGCGAUCGCUUCACACGAAUUCUCAACAAUCUGUGCGUGUGCGUGCUAGAACACUCGCCGCAUACUGCGUUGCUAUGCGCGCUAGUAUCACUUCUACAAGAUUCGAUAGCAGAAUCGGACCCCGCCUAUACCCGGUACCAAGAAUUACUUCUCAAAUGCUUCUGGAAGACUCUGAAAAUGAUACCAUCGUGGGAUAUCAAUUCUAUUGAUUGCGACACCGUCUUAUACAAAAUACAUCUCUUCUACAAAGCCUUUCCUAAUAGUUAUUGGAAGAAGAACGCCCAAGUUACCAGUGAUACGCCUUACAGGACAGUGAAAACUCUAGUACACACGCUUGUGAAAACAAAGGGAGCGUCCAUAAUGAACCAUCUCACACUUAUACCAGAUAUUCACGAGUCGGAUUUGUAUCCCUAUUUACAUAAAAUAUUGAAGCAACAACAAAUAAAAAUGGAAGACAAAAAGGAAUCGGACGUGAACGGUCUUCAGAGCCUAGGCGUGAAUGUGGGCAACAGUGCCCUCACGGCGGGACGAUUGCCCAGGUCCGUACACGAGGAGUUGGGGCUCAUAUUGAAGAGGAUCGGCUCCAAGGACACCAAUAAGGAGGCAUUAUCUCAGCUUUACGAUUUACGGGAACGUCACCCGGAAGUGGAUAUUUGGACAUUUAUGGCCGGGUCAUCCUUCUACUUCCGAAACUAUGUGGAAUGUGGUUUAGCGGAAGUGGCUGAGCAGCGAAAGAUGCGCACGCACAAAAUAUACAAGCCAGAAUUAAAACCUGAGCAUAUUGAUGUGACAAACGAAAACGAUGAAAAAUCAGCCAACGACUUCUUUGAAAGGCUUCAAGCACUAAAGAUGAAAGCUGGCAUGAAAGUCGAGUCUAGCCCGUCAUCUCAGCCUCGUACACCCGUGGGUGAUAAUCGAGCCUUCGCUGACACCAUCAACGAUAACACGUUACCUAGAACACACAGUAUCGACCCACAGUUGGAGUUACAUUCGACACAAACAAUGCCCCAGAGACACGAACCUUCUGUAGAUGCUCUACGACUUAAAUUGCAACAAAUCAGGAGCUCGUCUAAAAGAUAA